AUGAAAGCUGUGUAUUUUGAGCCAGGGUUAAAGUUUACUUCUAGGAGUGUGUUAAAGGAGGCUAUUCUAAAUUAUUCUAUUCAACAACACUAUGAUCUAGUGUACAUGAAGAAUGACACUAAGAGGAUUCACAUGGGUUGUUCACUUUGCUUUUGGCAGAUGACUGCUGGUCCAGAUUGUCAUGAGGCUGGUGUUUGGCAAAUAAAAUUUAGUAAUCAUGAUCAUACUUGCUGCAGGACUUUUAAAAAUAGAUUAAUAACUGAUAACUGGAUUGCACAUGUUUAUCUUGAUAAAAUUCUGAGGGAUCCAAAGAUGAAGCCAAACAACAUUUUAUCUGACAUUUAUGAGAAUUUUCAAAUUAAUGUCUCAUUGAAAAAAUGUAGGAGGGGGAAGGAAAAAGCUCUAAAUGCAGUCCAAGGAUUAAUGCAAAGACAAUAUGACUUGCUAAAACCUUACAUGAAAGAACUAAUGAGGUCAAAUAUAGGUACUACUUGUGUUCUGAAGGUAGCUGAGGGAGAGGCAGGACAACCAAGCACAUUUCUUAGAUUUUACGUUUGUUUUGAGGCAUUGAAGAUGUGUUUCACUUUGGGGUGUAGAAGAAUAUUUGGUCUUGAUGGUUGUUUUUUGAAAUAUGCUUGUGGAGGGCAAUUACUUUGUGCAGUGGGGAGGGAUGGUAAUAACCAAAUGUGGCCCAUAGCAUGGGCAGUGGUUGAGGGGGAGACAAGGAACUCAUGA